AUACUACGCGUUUGCGCCCCUGAAAGAUAGGCAAUUUCACGUCCGUACCGCCCUGGCACCCAAAAUACCGCCCUGACGGGCCUCCCGUACCGCCCUCUGGCGGCUGGAUGUUGGCAACGCUGCCGAGCCGGCGCCGUCCACGGCGUCACUCCACCUCGUGAACCAGACGAAGCCAGAGGCGUCUUUUCGUUUGCUACCCGGGUCGUUUUCGUUAGCGCUAGCGUCGGGGUUGUGACGUCAUGCGCUAGCGCGGUAGCGGCCGCUAGCUCCUAACUCGCUACCACACUCAGGAGGUGGUUAGCAGCUAGCGGUAGGGCAAAACUGGCGCGGAACUGUGGAGAAACAAGGUGGAGGCUUGGAGGUGUUUGGGAGCAUCGUAAAUUUUUAUAAUAUCUUUUUUGACAAAAUGGAGUUUCAAUUCAACCUGGGUCAGCAUAGUUUACUUAGGACGCUUAACGGAGAACUGGUACAUGGGGUAAACAACACUUUUGCUGUGUUUGAUUCAGCUGCAAAUAAAAUUAUCUACAGGCCAGCGGAAGAAAUGGCCCUGGCCGUCACCCUGCUGUCGACCAAGACUAUGAUAUCCAAGGUACCGCUGCCUCUGGCCUCCACCAGCUCCAGCUCUCAUUCAUCCUCAAAACAAAAAUCAGAAGACCACUCAUCGUAUUCUUAUUCAACUUCCUCGCCUAGCAGCAGCUCUUCUCCAAUGUCUGCAUUCCCUCUCCCUCUAUCCAGUUCUGAGAUAUGGAAGAAAAACUCUGGUAAGCAAACCCCGCAAGACCUUAGUGCAAGAUCGGACCUCCUCGACCUUGUCAGAAUCCACUACGAAAACAUCACAGACAAGAGUACAUGCAAAAAAAGUGUGUUUAAGAAAAUUGCUUUGUCUAUGCAGAACAAGGGCUACUCUUUUGGGAAUAGAGACGCAGCCCUUGUCUGCCAAGGCAAGUGGAAGAACAUGGAGUCGAAAGUGACAACUUUUCUCGCCAAUGGUGGGCCAAAUAACACAGGCAAUGGGGCACUAAGGAAACCAGACUACUUUGAUGAGGUGUUCGACAUUAUAAAGAAUUCUGCUAAGGCAAAACCUAAAAACUUGCAAGACUCCAUGUGCUUGCAAGUGCCAGAGUGAAGCAGAGGGAAUGACACACCAAAUGAGAUUGCGUCGCCCCCG